GUUGGAAGGGGCAAUCCCAGAGCUUUGCGCCGGAGGGAAGGGUCAAGUUUUUAUAAAGCGAGAAUGCAGAAAGAGCAGAAAAGCAGCUGGAAAAAAAUGGUCCUUUUUUAAAAAAAAAAGUACUGGCAAUAAAGCUAAACUAGGAGACGGGAUCCUAGCAGCAGUCGCGGGAGACAACCACGUGGGAUUCGCUUGGAUCACCAAACGUUCCAUUUUGGAAUCUCGCAGCGAUUGUAUCCAAAGUUUGCAACAUUUAAUAAUGUAUCAACGUUCCAAAUGGCUGCGCACGUGGGGAAUUCCCUCGGCUGCAACCCCUUUUCAAUCAGAUUUUCUUAGCUUCUUGUCCAACAGAUAAUGGCCGCUGCUCUCCUCUCUAAUUUGUUUUGUAAUAGAGGGACCCUCCCACUUUUUUUAGAAAUUCGUGUCCUCCUUCGAAACAAGCAAAAGUUACAUUUUCUUCUCCACUCCCAUCUGUUUUAUCUUUCAUUUUUCCUUUAACGAAUCGCAAGUUCUACUUCAAUAUUUAUUUUCGCAGGAUUUGAGAGAGGAAACCCUGUUGUCUGUUUGUUGUUCUUAGUAGUAGGAAUUGCGUACAAGCCUGUGAGAGAGCAUUUUAAAGCGUGCUUAAUAACUCUGUUUCGGAUGCAUUUCUCGUUGGAGGAGCCAGGAGAAGAGAAUAUUUGCGUGUUGAUGGGUCAUCCGAUCUGAGAGGAGUUGGGUUUAAAUACAUAUUUUUAAACGUAUGUGCCCACUCUUACCGCAACAUCCCCGUAGGAAAAAAAAUCCAAUUCAAGUCCAGUGCCAUAUUUUGUUGGUCGCCGCGCAAUAAGAUUUCGCUAACGUUGAGGGAAAGUGUCUCCAAACAACCAUCGCAAAGCAACUUUAAUGAAUGGUCAAUUUAUUUAAUUCAAACUUCUCAAUCUUUUAUUUUAAAAUGGGAAGACGUAACUGAGUUAAAUUUUAAUAUCAUAAAGAGUGCCUUAGAUACAUAAUUACCAGACAUUUGUUUUAGAAACUUGACCACCUUAUCCAGUUUUCGAGAAAUGUAAUGACCUCCAUACACGUUCAAAAUAUACCCGAUUUAUCAUGAAUGUGAAGUCUUGAGGAAAAAAUGCAAAAAUCAGUUUGAGGAAGACGAAACAAACGAUUUCUCUCUUUUAAAAAAAAAACUUAUAUCAGUAAUUUAUUACGUACUAUCGUAUUAGCAUAAGAUCCGCUGUCCUGGAACUCAUUGAAGAAGUUUUGGAGAGGGACAUGUGGUGAAUUUUAUGAAUGGACCUGCAAUUGACUCGACUGUUGGCGAAUACGAUUGGUUGACGAAGCUGUAGUCGGAUUGUGAUGGGCAACGUCGCAAGGGGGCGUGAACUCAGGGGUGUUUCGAACUGAUUUGUGUUUACACUCCUGGAUGUGUACAGGACCAUAAGAGUCCAUUGUAUCAGCAGGAUCUUCUUAGUAUAAUGUUCUGCUCCUUCAUCGCUGCUUGUGUUUUUUCCUCUCGAACAUCGCGCUGACACCGGAGAGCCAGCGGGAUCACGACCGGAGGAUCCGCAGGGAAAUAGCCAACAGCAAUGAGCGCCGGCGCAUGCAGAGUAUCAAUGCUGGCUUCCAGUCGCUCAAAGUGCUGCUGCCUCACACAGAUGGAGAGAAACUCAGCAAGGCAGCAAUCCUUCAGCAGACUGCUGAGUAUAUCUUUGCUUUGGAGGAGGAUAAGACCCGAUUGGUGCAGCAAAACGCACAUCUAAAGAGACUGGUCCAGGAAUAUUCCGGCUCCUCCCCAAAACGGAAACGAGGUGACGAAUCCGAUGAAGGGAUCGGUUCUCCGGAUUCCGCAGAUGAAGAGCUGGCUGAGUUAAGGCAACACCUGGAGAAGGAGAGGCUGAUCCGGAUUACACUGGAAGAGAAGGUGAAAGCUCUGGAGUCACAGCUGCAGCCCAGCGAGCUGAAGGAGAUCCUACACCAGGCCCAACUACAGCAGGAGCACGAUGUGCUACUGGACCAGCGGAGGCAGCUUCUGGAGGAGCAACAGAGAAGCAUCAACACACCAGCACAGGUGUCUAUCUCACACAGUCCCCCCGCUCCAACUCAACACCCGACAGUCAUAGUGCCAGCACCUCUGCCUCCAAGUGUCCUCCAGGUCAAUGUGGUAACCAUGGCGCCGAGCUCUGUCAUCAACACAGUGUCCACAUCAAAACAGAACUUGGACACCAUUGUACAGGCCAUUCAGCACAUUGAAGCCAACGAGCAAGGCAUCAAAGAGGAGCCAGCGAGAGUGGAGAAAGAAAUCUCAGCUUUUGUGAACCUUGACAGGAUGCAGGAGGGCGUCAAGGAGGAGAGGGAGUGGCAUGGGCUGGUGACAGCCUCGCCACUGAUAAUCAAGAGUUCCUUCAGUGAUGUGGAGGCUGAAAGCCAGGACACUGAUGGGAGAGAUAUGCUGGCAGUGCUGAGGAGGCCCAAAGUGGAGGUGGAGCCAGUUCCCUCUGUACUGGUCCCAGGGACUGGUAUCCUCUAAGGGAGACUGUAGAGACGUGUCAGUGUGAACCAAGGGAACGGAGGACAUUGUGGCCAGUCUAUAGAGUUUGAGAUUAAGGGAACUUUGAGUGGCAUUCCUCCCAAACUAACUCCUUUCUAUCCUUCCAGAGUGAGAGCAGCCUUGAAUGUACUCUCGUCGCAGCUCUGUGCACAUAAAGGUGGAAGGGGUUGAUUUUUCUUGGCCAGUUCAGAUUGCUGCAGUUUCCUCUCUGGCCAGUUGCAUCUGAGAGAUAAGUUUGUUGUCUGGAUCUCCUGUCAGUGAAUUUAUUAGCACAUAUGGCUGACUUCAUAAUUUCACACCAUCCAGGUAAAUCCAAUAUCUGUCACAAAACUUAAUUUACUUUAGCAACUACCACAUAUUAGCAGCAAGUAAACUUUUUAAAUAUAAAUUACACUUUUUAAACAGCCCAAUUUUUGAUAUUUGGUCACCAGUGUCAAUCUAAAUAGCAAAAUAAUCAAGCAUCAAAAUGCAAGGGCAAAUGUCUCUUGUGACUGAGUGCGAUUACAAGACCAGGUGAGAAAAUAUUGGACCAUUUGUCUCCUAGCAAAAGACUAUUGCUUUUUUUUGUGCCUUGCUCCCUGGAAGCUGUGCCUCAAUUGAGGUAGUUUGCCCGUGUCAUUCACCUAUGUGCCCUGUAUUUGUUCUCCUUGCUUCUAGAAGCUGACUUUAAUGUACGUACCUUGCUUAACAAACGUUGGCAGUCAAUUUGACUGGGGAGUAAUGCGCAUUGUUUGACGCUGGCUUAUCGCAUGCUCAUACUUUCUACUGAAAGGUUACUGGAGAGUGAAUUGGCAGCAAGAGCUCAGGCUUCAUUACUUUAUUCCUGGCCUGACCCAGGAGAUCCAAUUUAGCAGUGCAAUGGAUACCUCAGAGCAACUUUGCACAGACCAGAAAUGGAAACUGGGACCUUCUGGGCUGGCACUGCACCCUGUAAUUCAUUUAUAGAACUGUGUGAUUGGAAGAACCCCAAGACAUAUUACACCUAAAAAUCAGUUAUGAAGCAAACACACUGAUCAAGCCAAAUCCCUUCUCAAAAUAUUUUAAGAGAAAAUAUCUGGUUAGCAGCAAAAGAUUUGAAAUGAGCGAGAGUGUGACCCUGUACCUUCGGGAUGCUCUACCCGUGGUCUGAAAUGGAGGGGUGGGAAGAGCCAUGAGAUUAGGUUGUUAAAAAUGAUUGUAGCCAAUUUGGGAACACUUUGGAUGGACUCUGCAUUCAUGUAGAUUUUUUUUUUUGAGCAAUUUGGGCUGACUAACUGCUUCAUGGUGUACAGAUGCAUAGUGGAGUCACUACAGGGUUUGAUGUAAGGCUUUAUUGUAGGUGAUAUCUUUUUACACAAUUUCUUUUUCAAAGAAAAAGUGCAUUUAUGGGAUAAUGUUAAAGAAGAACCUGGCAGUCUUUUAAACAGAUAUGAAUUAUCUUUUAUGAGCCACAGUAUGAAAUGUUGUCAGUGUAGCGUGUGGCAGAACAAUCUUUGGUCCCAGGCCUUUCAGUACAUUGCUAGAAUCUGGUUGGUGUAGCCCAGUCUUAGCAGUGCUACUCCCAUCUGUGCAUUGUAUGGGAGGCAAGGGUUGUAUAAAAUGUUUUUAGAGCACUUAAAGUUGAGUUUAUAAAAGUUAUUUUGUUUAUUUUCUUAAAAUCUCACACUUCAAGUUGUAGUGUCUUUUUAACAAUUUGAGUGUAAUGCUUUGCGCACAAGAUUGACUUGUGACUUUUUCUGAAAAAAGGCUUUGAUCUCUAAACUGAUGGUUUGUGCUCUUUUUUUAAAAAGAGCACUCCAUGUGUAAAUGUGUCAUCUUGAACGUUGUUUCAGCUGUGCAGAGCAGAGAGGCCCUCAGGAUUUCUUCUCUGUCAACUCAAAAAGAGGGUGGAUUUACAGGUGUGCUACUGACAGGAUUAGCAGUUUCUCGUUGGCUGCCCAGUCACCUUUUGUACAAGCAUGGGUGUGAACCAUGUGGAUUUAGGCUUAUCCCAAUGUCCAGUAAUGUGGCAUGCCCUCCAAGUCUGCUUGUAGAACACAAUCCAUUGAUUGAGAUACAUCAAAGGAGAUUAACAGUAAUAGCAGGAUUGAAAAAAAACACCAAAGGAAACAGUGAUAGCAAGUGUGUCCAGGAAAGUGGAGUUAAUGAUCUGACAUGAUUUUAUAGAAUGGCGGAGCAGACUUGUAACCAUUUCAUCAAUUCCCUGCUUUUAGCCUGGUUUCAUUGGCUGUCUUCUGGGCUGUAAUAACUCUAUGAUCAGCCAUUCAAUGUCAAGUCUGUGCCAGUGGAGUAGUUGAGUGUUUCUUUCAGGCUGCUGCUAGUUUCCCACUGGGAGUUAUGGUUGAGGUUAAGAUGGUUUGUGGCCCUGGGUAUUUUUGACUUUUCCUGCUGCAGACAUGGUCUACAGCUGUCUGGAAGUGACUGUCAUAGGCCAAAAGCCCCACAUGGACAAGAGUGAAAUUGUGAAAAGCUCUUCAAGUGAAUUAGAGAGAAGAAAUUUACGUUCUUGCUCUGAGACCCAGAGCAGGUGCAGACUGAGAUGGACUGUGACGUGCUUCUGCAAUUCAUAGAAACUUGUUUUGAGUAAAAGGCCAUCUGUGAUCCUUGAACACUGGGCACCAGAGGGUGAUUUACACCCAUUGAAGAUUAGACUGAGCAAGAGCUGCACCAACAGAACUUGUGCUUACCCUUCCAUGAGGUGAGCUGCAAUGCUCAUGCCAAUAGAAUUACAGAUCUCACUGAGCUGAGAUGGUGUUAAUUAGCAGCAUCAAGGGUGGGGAUGAACACGGACAUUUUAGAGUACUCUGGCUGUAGAAGAAUAGCAAUAAAUGAAUAUGAACCAUGCAUAAAGAAUGAUAAUUGGUGACCGGGUUGAAAGUGCAUACAUUAGGGAUGCUGUACAUGAAGGAAUCCUACAGCUUUGUCUAUGGGUGUCAGACUCUCCAGCUGCAUUGAGGCUAACAGGACAUUGUUAGUUGGUUAUUUUCUUCAUGUUCUAACAUACAGCAAUGUCAUUAAAGCACUACCAGCUUUUUUUCUAAAAUA